AAUCAUCCUGUUCAGUCGGAGCUGCGCUUUUCUCAUUUCUCAUGGUUUUGAUGAAUGAAACGCGUCCAAUCCAGAAGUAGAAAUGUCCAAGAUCUUCACGCCAAGACUAGACUUCCGCAGGUUUAGGCUGCGGAUGAAAUCGGGAUCCAAUAAACCCGCUCCAAAGAAGAAGUGUUAUGAUCCUAAGGAUCCUUCACUCAAAAUUGUUGACGGGGAGGAUGAAUUGGACUUUUUAUGUGAAGAGUUUGAGUCUCCAAAAGCAGAGAUGUCCUGUGGUCAUGCAGUCACCCCGAUGUCUCUCACUAAAUGGUGUCUUCAGCUGCUGGAAGAUGGACAAAACACCUUUGUGUGUGCUGUGUUUGGCUGUGAUGCUGUGUGGCCUUUUGAAGAGGUCUGCAAGAUGGCUCAACUGACUACUCAGGAAAUUAAGUAUUUCAAGAAGACCAUGGCUAUAAAUGCUUCUAAUAAAAGAAGAUGUCCUGGAUGCAUGUCCCAUGUUGCAAGACAAAACGAAUUUAAUCUUUGUGUCGGCUGCAAAGUGUGCACAGCAAAGAAAGGACGUCCAUAUGAAUUCUGUUGGCAGUGCCUGAGGGAAUGGAAAGGACCAAAGCCACGGAUGAGCCGCUGUGAGAACGAAGGCUGCAGCAACACGGUGCUGCAAACGCUGCAAACUUGCCCCGAUAUCGUCUUUGACACAGUGAUAGGAAUCACCGGGUGUCCCUCCAUCCGGGCCUGUCCCACCUGCGGAUCACUGCUGGAGCAUAAACGAAACCACUGCAAACACCUUACCUGUCCUCAGUGUAAGGUCAAGUUCUGUUUUGUGUGUCUGAAGACUUUUGCUGAAUGUUCUAGAACAAGCGGUAUUUCAGCACCGUGCUCCAGUGGUGUUGCUCCCAGACAGACAGUUAUCCCAGUGUGGAGAAAGAGUUAAUACUCCUUUAACACGUCUGUUUCCUUGGACAUUGAUUUGUCACCUCAUACAACACCAAUGUGUCUCAUUGUACAGGAUGUUUUCUAAUCCUAGAGACCAAAAACAUCACGCUGAUGACAGUAUUUGUUAGUUAAAAGCAUAGGGAUAUUUAAUGACUUGCUAGAUCAGAACCAAUGAAGGGCUCCUUAAUUUUCUUGCAGUUUUGUGUUGGUGAUUGUCAGUGUAGAAAAUUAUAACUUCCAGAACUAGACCAGACUGAUGUUAUUCAACCCUUUUGAUUGCUAUAAUGACAGUUGUUUUUGUGUGGCGAUAAUCCUUAAAUAACAUAGCCAUUGUUGAACAAAUAAUGCUCUUUCACACAAAAGUUUGAAAACAGAUGGAAUGUUCUGGCCUUGUUAAAUUAGUGAUUAACAAUACAUUAAACAUGUCUUUGGUUGCAUAUUCAACAAUUCCCCACAACCUUUCAGAUUUGCUCUGGCAAGUGCAGAAGUCUGACACUACUUGAUACUCUUAUAUAACCUUAUUUUGGCUUCUACUUUAUAUUGCUAUUCUUUUGAUUGCAGGUUUGUUAUCUUUUAUAUGCCCUUAUAAAAGAACAGGGGAUAAUCCCAUUUAUGAACAAGCAGGCACAUGGAAACCACCUUACAGCACAUGAAGCAAUUCUGGUGAACUAGGUAGUUUCCAUAUUCUGUCUGGUAGUGCCAAAUAACAUAUACAAUGAAGAAAUACUACUUACAGGAAAUGAAAUGAUUUUCUAAUGGUUACAAUAUCUGCUACAAUCUGU